GGCCGGGGCGGAAGUAACGGAACCGGCGGCAAAGGUGAAUGGGGCACCUGGCAAGCGGGCUCUAUUCAGCCAUGUUAGUAGGCGAGCGAAGGAAUGGGAACCUUGUGGUGCAACUUGCUCCCAAACUGCAAGCUCAGCCCGAAGAACUGCUGCGCCAGCGCUGGAGCCCUGGUGGACACACAGAGUACUUGAUACGAUGGGCGGUACAGAACCUUGAGGAAGCAUCAGGGAGCACAGGUGCUGCCUCACAGGGAGAGAGUAAAGCUGCCAGCAUCCUGAUGUGGAUGUCUGCAGAGGAGGUGUAUACGAACUGUCCUACACUGCUGGGGAAACGCAAGUCUGAAGGCUCAGGGCUCCAAGAGGAGGAGGCUUCCAGGGCAGCGGAUGAAGGAGCUUUGCAAGAGAUGAGGGAAGAUGUUAGAAUGCUGGUCCAGAGAGCAUCCCGACAAAUGUCCCAGAGCAGCGGGCCGGACUCCUCAGUGCUUAACACUAUUCAUGUUCUGAGUGCCUACGCCAGCAUUGGCUCCCUGGCUGGAGUCUUUAAGGAGACUGGAGCCCUGGAUCUACUGAUGAAAAUGCUAUGCAACCAAGAGAAACAGAUCCGCAACAAUGCUGGCAAGAUGCUUCGUGCUUUGGCAUCACAUGAUGCAGGGAGCCGAGCCCAUGUCUUGCUGUCACUCAGUCAGCAGGAUGGCAUUGAGCAACACAUGGACUUUGAGAGCCGCUACACAUUGCUGCAGCUGUUUGCCGAGACCACCAGCUCGGAGGAGCACUGCAUUUCUUUUGAGGGAAUCCACCUUCCUCAGGUUCUGUGGCGCUCUACAGGCCGCACUUAUUGGGUGCACUGGCAUAUGGUUGAGAUCAUUGAUGCAGGCGAGCAAACAGAGGAGGACACGCAGGAGAAAUUGCCAUUGUCCAAUGAAAAUCUUAAAGUCUCUACAACAGUUACCCAGAUGUUGAGUACUAAGCCCUCAGGUGGUGGUCUUUACACCCUGCCCUACCUAACUGGGGUCUCACAUGAGCAAUCUGGGACCCUGCGACAGGAUGAAUGGUGGGAGCUUUUGUUUUUCAUGAAGAGGCUGGAGCCCCAGGAGCAGCAGAAAGUGUUGGAUAUGGUUAAACCGAACAAAGAGAUCCAGACAUCAGAUCUAGAUGAUCAGGAUUUCCUGCAGAUGUCUUUGUCUGUAGAGGUGGCUCAAAAGGUCCUGUGUUUCCUGAAAGACCAUAGCAGUGGCUGUAUCCAGACCGACUUACAGUGCUCACACAUCUACACAAAAUACAUGCUGCAUGGUGGGACAGAGUCACGGAGCGUUCAAGCUGACUCUGUCACUCAGGACCGCAGUUACCAGGGAGGGCUGCUUUCUAAGAAACCAAAGACUGAGGAGGCCCCCAGUAGUGAUGGGGUGGGAACUGUCCCCAUUGCAGAAAAAACUGACCUACAGCUUCUCAAGCAUCUCCUUGACUUGGAGGGGCCACAGCCCACAGAUGUGACAGGGGAGAAGAGCAAAGCUGCAGGUUUUGUGAGUUCGAAGGGGCCCCUGGCUGGGUUUUCUCUGGAAAUGUUGCUGGAUAUGCUGGAGAAAGUAAAGAAAAGUAUUGGCGGUGCUGAUACGCUUAGCUUCAUAAUUCAAGUCCUGGAGCAGAAGUUUGCAGAGGAAGCACAAGGAGCCAAAUCGGAGUCUCGCUCUCAUUCCAGGGAGAAGAUUGUAAAGAUGCUUGUGGAACUCCUGACUAAUCAAAUGAAGGAGAAGAUGCUGGUUGCCACAUGUCUGCAGCUCACCUAUAUGGUGCUGGCAAAGUAUGAGUGGAGGGUCCUGUUCGCUACAGAAGGAGGAGUGCGCUCUGUGCUAGCAUGCAUGCAGGAGCAUAAUUCAUCAGCUGCCGUUCAGCACGCUGGCCUAUCGGUUCUAAAAGUGCUCACUGGAGUGGGGAGUUGUGAGCUGCGUGGGAGUCACCGACCUUACUCCUUAAAUCCCACCGAUGCUCAGGUGAUUAAAGAGAUCUUUUCCAGUAUUGGAUCAGCAGCAAGUGGGAGCUCCACCAACCUCCUAAGAGCCAUCCCCAAUGCCAUAAGCAAGAUGCUGACUACACCAGGCUGCUUUCCUGCGGUGCACAAUGGCCUUAUGGUUGUCCGUAUGCUAAUUGAAAACCACAAGGGUUUGGCGGAGCAUUUGUCCAGCUGUGACCUUCCUGCCGUCCUUCAAAGCUUGAAUGAAGACACGAGUGACUCUGUGCAUGGGAAGCUAGACAUGUUUAUGCACAGACAGCUAUGUGAGCUCUUGAGGAACAGCCAGGAGAAGGCAGACUUGGAAACACCAGAUGGGACCACAUUGAUGGCUGUGCAGGACAUGGAUUUGCAGAGCUUGCUGUGUGUCAUGAAGGUUAACAAGAUGUGUAGAGAGCUGCUCCCUUCUCUGGAGCGUUGUGUUUGUGACAACCUACCAUCCCUUUCCUUUGAAAUAUCCGAGCUUCUAACAGAUGCAGACUUCUUUAUGAAUCUUCUGGCCAGCUUGGAACAGCUCAGAUCGGAGAAACGCCUGCAGCUCUCUUUAGUCAGGAUCCUAAGCAAAGCCCUGGAUUUUUAUCAAGAGGACACCCUGCCCUGGCACAAGAGUAUUGAGCCAUGUCUGACAUCUUUAGGAAGCAACAGCUGUGACCAAGAGCUUCUGCAGGAAGUGGUCAACUUCUUAUACCGUUUGGCGACUAUCAACAAGGACUGUGCAGUAGUCAUGUGCCGCCUGGGCACCAAGGAGAUUCUGGUUAAAGUUUUGGAGAAGCAAAGCUCGGUUCUGCUGCAGGCGUCAGAGUUGCGAGAUUUGUUGACUGACUGUGAGAAAUAUGCCAGUUUGUACCAGAAGAUGGCAACUAGUAUCCUCGCUGGAUGUAUACAGAUGGUUCUGGGUCAGAUUGAGGAGAACAGGAGAAGCCAACAGUCGAUCAACAUCCCCUUCUUUGGAGUGUUCCUGAAAAAUCUUUGCCAAGGCUCCAAUAUGGAAGUUAAAGAAGACAAGUGCUGGGAGAAGAUUGAGGUUUCCUCUAACCCACAUCGUGCCAACAAACUAACAGAUGGAAAUCCGAAAUCUUACUGGGAAUCUAAUGGCAGCACUGGAUCUCAUUAUAUUAACAUCUAUAUGCACCGCGGUGUUGUGAUUCGGCGUCUGUUUUUCAUAGUGUCCAGUGAGGAUUCCAGUUACAUGCCAGCUCGGCUAGUAGUGAUGGGCGGCGAGAACGCCUCUAGCAUCAACACGGAACUGAAUUCUGUUAAACAGAGCUCUUUCACAUGAGCAGGAGUUUGCAGAACGUUUCCUGACAGAUGAAGAGGCAGCUCAGGCCCUUGGCCGCACGUGCUGGGAGGCUCUAAUUGCCCCUCUAGUGCAGAGUAUAACAUCACAAGAUAACAGAGGAGUGAGUCCCCUCAGUUGGCUGUUCACAAGAUACCUGGAGAAUGCUCAGGUUUUUAGUUGCCGCAAAUCAGGAUCCUCGGUUUUCAACUCUCGUGUGCGCAGACUUACUCAUCUCCUCGUCCAUGUGGAUACCAGCCUCCCUGAGACAGAAGCUCUCAAGCCCCUGAGCAAAACUAGUGAGAAAAGUCGUGGGGGAAAAGUAUCGGGAGAGAAAACAGAGGGCAAGAACCCAGAUUCCUCGUGUGCUUCUGUGAGGGGCAGCAUGGCUGGCAUUGCUCAGUGUUGGCAAGGCGUGGUACAGCAGCAGGUGCAGCGAUUUUUGGAGGUUUCAUGGAACAACACAGACCUUGUUUCCCAGUUCUGUUCUUUGUAUCUGGGUCUCAGACGUGCAAUGGAAGAGCUCUUUGGACAGCAGACACUAUUUUUACUUUCUUUGCGCCAGGGAUUCUGCGAGGGUCUCUUACAUCUCUCUUUCCUGACAGCUCUUCACGUGACUGAGCAGUUUGCACGGUACAUAGAUCAUAUGAUUAAGGAGAUUCGCGAAGACUCGUAUGACCUUCAGUUGAUGAACCAGCUGCAUCAGUUUCUGGACUUUGUUCUUUUUUUGUCAGAUUUAGAGCUGGCAAACUCCUUUGAACAUUUCUACAGACAUUAUAUGGCAGAUCGUUUACUCUCCCUUGGUCCCUGCUGGUUGGAGAACUCUGUGGUCGAUCAGAUAGGGAUUUGUUUCCCGAACAGAUUUCCCCAGCAGAUGCUGCGAAACUUGCAGGAGGCGAAAGACCUGCAGAGAGAUCAACAUCUCUUUACCUUACAGGAGCUGGAUACAGGAAUUCUCGCUGAGGACAUGGAGGAGGGAGAGGUGCCAGAGGACGACUCUGUGACCAUAGAGGAGCCAGAGGAUUCUGAGGUGCAAGUUUCGGUUCUUUCCCCCCGGUGCUGGGCGGUUUCUCCUCUCUGCUAUAUGGAGGAUCCCAGCAAAUAUUUCCCAGAAACCCUCUGUGGUUCCCUGCAAAAAUUCUCCAACUUCUAUUCAAAGAGUCAAUCUUCUGUGGGUCUGGACAUCACUCAGCUCCGACGCUUACAGUGGACGUGGUUAGGAAAUGCUGAGCUGCAGUAUGGGGCCCUGACUCUUCAUGUGUCCUCUGUACAGAUGUUCAUCUUACUUCUCUUCAACCAACAGGAGGAAGUGUCGGAGGAGCACAUUAUUCAGUCCACUGGUCUGUCCCCAGUCCUUGUGAGUCACGCUCUAACACCACUCGUGGCCAAGGGAGGCAUCUUACACUACAGCCCGAAGCCAGGUCUGCUUUGUCUGAAUGACGUGGAGGUUGUUGAGGCAGGUCCAAGAAAGAGUUUGCGGCUACUCCCUAAACAGACUUAUCUAAAUGUGGAAGAGGAUGAAGGACGUACACUGGAGAGAAAGCGAAAUAUUAUCUUCUGUCUGAUCACUCAGAUAAUGAAGCAGGAGAAAGAGCUGCACAUAGACAAUCUUGUCUUCAGGGUAAUUGAGGCAUCUCAGAAAAGGGAGUCUAAGCGAAGUGUUAAGAUCCUAAAUUUUCUGUGCAGCCACACUGAUGUGCUCUCUUGCAUCAUGCACCUCAUCGGUCAGGGCUACAUGAUGCGAUCUGAAGAUAGCCCCCAGAUUGUGGAAUACUUAUCUAAGGACCCUACCACCCCUCGCAAGGGCAAAGCUAAUAUCAACUUCCAAAGUGCCAUCAAGAAAAAGCAAGAAAAUGAUACACAGAUGUCUCCUUCUAGCUCAGGAAGAGGAGCAGAGCAGGGUGUGCUGGAGACGAUUUUCCUUCCCUUAGGAAGCACACUAAGUCAAGAGGAAGUGUGGACUCUAAUGAACCAGAUUGUCAGUCAGGUUUCUGAAAUGCUAUCUGUGACCUCAGAUGUCGCCCAGCAUCUCCUUAUCCAUUGCAAAUGGAACGUUGACCUCCUCCUGCAGAAAUACACAGAUGAUUCAGAGAGUCUGCUUAUAGCCUCAGGGCUAGAGGACACAGAGUCCCAUCUGCCCGAGAAUACCCUGCCUAUCUGCCCGGUGUGCGUGAACCCGCUCAGCCCAGCAGAAAGCCCUCCCACCCUAUGCUGUAAACAUUACUGCUGUAAGAGCUGUUGGAAGGAAUACCUGACCACUAGAAUAGAACAGAACCUUGUACUGAACUGCACCUGUCCCACUACGGACUGUCCUGCUCAACCAACCUCUGACUUCAUUCGCAACAUCAUCUCCUCCAAAGAAGUCGUGGACAAGUAUGAGAAGGCCUUGCUGCGUGGCUUUGUGGAGAGCUGUUCCAACCUGACGUGGUGCACUAACCCUCAAGGCUGUGAUCGAGUGCUUUGUAAAGAAGGUCUGGGCAACGGAGCAGCAUGUGCCAAGUGUUCAUGGCUUUCCUGUUUUACCUGCAGCUUCCCAGAGGCUCACUACCCGGCUAGCUGCAGUCACAUGUCUCAGUGGAUGGAUGACGGUGGCUUUUAUGAGGGGAUGACAGUGGAAGCUCAAAGCAAACAUCUAACAAAACUGAUAUCCAAGCAUUGCCCAAGUUGCCAAGCGCCAAUUGAAAAGAAUGAGGGUUGUCUGCAUAUGACUUGUGCCAAAUGUAACCACGGCUUCUGCUGGCGCUGCCUGAAACCUUGGAAGCCAACUCACAAGGACUAUUACAACUGCUCUGCCAUGGUCAGUAAAGCUGCACGUCAGGAGAAGCGAUUUCAAGAUUAUAAUGAAAGAUGCACAUUUCAGCACCGCGCAAAGGAUUUUGCAAUCUCUCUGCGGAAUCGUUUGAGUGUACUUGGUGAGGAUGUCCCUCUGCGUACUCUUACUCUCCUUAUUACAUCUUGUAAAGUCCUGGAACAAAGCCGAAAGGUGCUGGGAUACUCCUGUGUCUACAGUUACUAUAAUCAGGACAGCGAGCGCCUUGAUGUACUGGAGUCCCAGACGGAGAACCUGGAGCUUCAUGUCAGUUCUCUGCAGAUCCUGCUCGAGGACAGCCUCCUACAGAGUGCAGAUCUCGCAUCAUGUGUAAAGCUGCUGGGUGCUGACAAAUAUAAUCAAGGCCUUGAGUUGGUCAGGAGAGUGCAGGAGCGACUGCACGGCAUCCUACAGCACUCCACCCAGGAUUUCCGUGUGGGAUAUCUUUCACAACCAGACCAGAAGGAUUUGAAGCUUUCUAAUGUUCCUGCAGAAAUGAUGACCACAACCACAGACACUGCAGAUGGUACCUCAGACUCUGGUGACACAGCCGGGGAGCAGGAUGACGAUGAUGAUGAGGAGUAUGUGCCAGAGUGGCAUGAAGACUAUGAUGAAGAUUUGGACGAGGAAGACUUCUCAUAUGAUGAAGAUGAUGGGUCAGAGAAUUUGGAACCUGAUUCGUUCAUAUUUGAAGAUGAUGAUGGGGAGACAUUUGAGUAACCCCUACAGAUGGGCUCCUUAUUCCCUAUUCUGAAUUAAAGGCUCUCCCUACCCACCCAUCUGAGGCUUAUUCUAAUAUUUUUGCUUCCACCCAACUCCCAAAGAUUGAGCUUUUCAUGUCUUAUGAUGUCUCCAUACCCCCCGCAGUGCCUCACCCACCCAGAGACUGUUCAGUUAAGAGCCUCUGCACAGUUUGAGUUAAUAAAUAUCAGUAAUUCAUUAUCUGAAAAUUGCAUAUCCAGUUCUGCUGAUGUCGCUGGAUAAUAUAUACAUUUAUAUUUAUAAUUACAGUUAUUUUUAUUACAAUCAA